UUACAAAUGAAAACUAUGAAGUAGCGGUCAGCAUGCUGAAAGAAAGGUAUGGGAGUAAAGAGAAGGUUAUUGAUGCUCAUUAUAAAGCCCUAAUGAAUAUAAGAAAGAGUAACAAUGACGCUACUAGUUGCAGACAAACAAUAAAUGCCCUCGAGAGACACUUACGUGUGUUACACAAUCUGGGGGAGGAUACCAACAGUAGUCACCUUCGUGUUCUAAUGACUGAUAAAUUUCCUGAAAAUGUUAUUUACCAAGUACACCUAUUGUCUCCUGAAGAUCAAAGCAUUGAAAAGCUGCGUAUGGGUCUGGAACAAGUAAUUACAGCAAUGGAACGUUCAGGUCAGAAUAACCAAUCUGGAAGUUGUGUAACAUCAAGCUCAACUCCAUCACUUCCAUCUACCUCAACAGCUUCAUUGACAGGAUUGGCAAAGGCGGGAUCAAAAAGAAAGUAUAUCUCAUAUCAACAGAAGAAGGGCGGUCAGCCGUCUAAAAAAAUCCGAAAGAAUUGCAUUUUUUGUGAAGGAACCCAUUAUAGUAACGAAUGUCGGAAAGUGGCGAAUCUAAAAGGAAGAAAGGAGAAACUAAAGGAUAGAUGCUACAAAUGUUUUAAGCGAGGACACAACGCUUCAAGCUGCAGAUUGAAGAAGAAUUGUUACUUCUGUAAAGGUGAUCACAAUAGUGCCUUGUGCCCGAAGCAAUUUAAAAAGACUAAGCCUGAAUUUAAAGAUACCGAAAAGGAUGGCAGUGGCGACAAUCCACAACAAGAAUAAGCAUCUACCUUGCAGGCUGAUUUUAGAUGGUGGAUCACAACGUAGUUACAUUACCUCAGCAAUAGCAAACAAAUUAAAAAUUAUUCCAGAUGGAGAAGAUUUUCUCACGAUGUACACUUUUUCGUCAACUUCACCGAAAACUAUAUGUAGCCCAUCAGCUGAAAUCAAAAUUAAAACAAAAAGAGACAUCAUUAAGGAAUUAAGAAUCAACAUA